AGGGAUGCGGGGGCCGGCGCGGCCUGGCGCUUGUUUGUGUUGUGGGUGGUGCGCGUGCAGCCCGGGAAAAGCUGGCAAUGGCGGCGCCGAGCGGGAGGUCGCAGCCCGCUCUGCACAGGAAGGGGCUGAUGGCGGCCGACAGGAGGAGCAGGAUCCUGGCGGUGUGCGGUAUGCAUCCUGACCAUCAGGAAACGUUGAAAAAGAACAGAGUGGCCCUGGCCAAGCAGCUGCUGCUCAGUGAGCUGCUAGAGCAUCUCCUGGAAAAGGACAUCAUCACUUUGGAAAUGAGGGAGCUCAUCCAGGCCAAAGGGGGCAGUUUCAGCCAGAAUGUGGAGCUCCUCAACCUGCUGCCCAAGAGGGGACCCCAGGCUUUCGAUGCCUUUUGUGAGGCCCUUCGAGAGACCAGGCAAAGUCACCUAGAAGACUUACUGCUCACGACCCUCUCUGACAUUCAGCAUGAACUCCCACCGUUGAGCUGUGACUAUGACACAAGUCUCCCUUUCUCGGUGUGUGAGACCUGCCCCCCUCACAAGCAGCUCCGCCUGUGCACAGGCACUAUGGAACACUCCUUGGACAAUGGUGACGGGCCUCCCUGCCUUCAGGUGAAGCCGUGCACUCCUGAGUUUUACCAGGCGCACUACCAGCUGGCCUACAAGUUGCAGUCUCGGCCUCGCGGCCUGGCCCUGGUGUUGAGUAAUGUGCACUUCACCGGAGAGAAAGACCUGGAAUUCCGCUCUGGAGGGGAUGUGGACCACAGCACUCUAGUCACCCUCUUCAAGCUUCUGGGCUAUAAUGUCCACGUCCUACAUGACCAGACUGCACAGCAAAUGCAAGAGAAGCUUCGGGAUUUUGCGCAGUUGCCUGCACACCGCGUCACAGACUCCUGCGUAGUGGCGCUCCUCUCACAUGGCGUGGAAGGCGGCAUCUAUGGUGUGGAUGGAAAACUGCUUCAGCUCCAGGAGGUUUUUCGACUCUUUGACAAUGCUAACUGUCCAAGUCUGCAGAACAAGCCGAAAAUGUUCUUCAUCCAAGCGUGCCGUGGAGACGAGACAGAUCGAGGGGUCGACCAGCAGGAUGGAAAGACUCACCCACAGUCCCCUGGAUGUGAGGAGAGGGACGCUGGCCAAGAGGAAUUAAUGAAGAUGAGACUACCUACUCGCUCAGACAUGAUAUGUGGCUACGCUUGCCUGAAAGGCACUGCCGCCAUGCGGAACACCAAGCGGGGAUCCUGGUACGUCGAAGCACUCACCCAGGUUUUCUCUGAAAGAGCUUGCGACAUGCACGUGGCUGACAUGUUGGUGAAGGUGAAUGCCCUUAUCAAGGAGCGUGAAGGCUACGCCCCUGGCACAGAGUUCCACCGAUGCAAGGAGAUGUCUGAGUACUGUAGUACAUUGUGCCGGCAGCUGUACCUGUUCCCAGGACACCCGCCCACGUGACGCCACCGCGGUCCGCUGUCCGCUGUCCUGCUUUGGAGGCCACUGGACCGCUGCGGGCACAGGGAGCCUUUGCUUCCGGAUGAGUUUUUCUUUUCCCCUUUCUACCCCCUCAGGGAUAUGAGAUUCUCCCAGGCUUAUUUCCUGUUGGCCAUCUCCAUCUUUGGGUAUGAGACUUAAAGAUAGCUCCUCUGGUGUGGCGGUCUCUCCCUGUACAGCCCCUCUGAAUGGAUUUGUUGCCAGAAGCAUUUUGGCUAUAGCCGAAGAGCCUGGAAAAUGCCGUUGUGAACACAGUAUUAUUGUGGAGUGAGGGCAUAUGGGUUUCCUAAUGUUUGACAUUUCUGUUCCCAGGGCUUUUAGGGGUUCUUUGCUCAUUGCCUUUGUUACGUCAGUUAAGGGAUCUCAGAGAUCAUCUCCUAUCUCUUUUUUUUUUUUUUUUUUUUUUUUUUUCCAUGUCUACAACCUCAGUUGUCCCAGAGUAUCAGGAAGCUGUCCCAAUUUACUGUAGGUGUGUCCAUCUGUCUUGAUGAGGCAGUGAGGAUUGGGCACUGCUACUUAAGCGGACAUUCCUGUGUGCACCUCUGUGUGCAGAGGGCAGGCCGGAGGGGCAGGGCUGACUUCGGCUCCUCUGUGCUCUGCACAGCAGCCUCUGAGCAGAGCCUGAGGUCCCUGUGACGUGACACUGGAAGCUGUAGACAUUCCCUUUGAAUUGUCACUGAAGUGAGCCUUGUAGGGCAUUUCAAUAUAAAAACGCAGUGACAGGUGAACGAGCCGAGUCUCAGACUGUCCCCUGUCACCAGGAUGUCUCCUGCCUUACUGUGAUUUCUGCUGAGCAGUUACUGUACUUCCUCUCUGGCCUCCAGAAAGUUCCUUGCUUUGCCCUGAUCCUCCCCCCCC